AUGCUCGAGUCGGCCAAAAACGGGGGGAACCCCUUAAAGGUUGAACUCCGGGGCAAUCCUAAAAACUCCUCCACCCCGAUUGUGGUUCUCAGCAGUGGCGUCUUUGCCCCAGCUACCCCGAACGGGCAAGCCACUACAAAUGCGGAGAGGAUCACGACUGUUUUAUCACAGCUGCCCAUUGAUGUAUCUUCCGCAUUUUGCUUUCAAGACGCCGGUGUCUCCGCCCCCAUGACCAAUCUCGUCGUGUCCCCCGCCGCCGCGCUGGUUUCUCCUUCAGCCCAGCGCGUUUUUGAUAUCCGGCAGCAGGGAAAGUACAAGAUUGGCUUCUUUGGCAUGGUUGGCAUGGACUGGGAUGUCCACUCCACCAAUGUGUUGGAUGAUCUACCUAAGGAGCACAAGGAGUUUCUUGUGAGUGAAGCGAAAUCCAGUGCAAAGGUGCUGAGGACAGAGUACAGGGUUGAUCUUGUGGUUGCGGUGACGAAUAUGAGACUGGCGGAGGACCUCCUUCUCAGUGGUGCGACGCAGGAAAAGGGGCUCGAGAGGGUGGAUUUUAUCUUUGGAGGUUAUGACCGUGAGGCCGUGGGGACUUUUUACCCUGAGCUUGUGAUGCAGGCAGCACAGCGAGGGGGAAAGCAAGGAGAUCAGGGUCGUCAAAAGCGGCGCGGCGUGGGAAGGGUUGAGUGUGGUGGAGAUGUGCGUCAAAAGGAGGGCGAGGACUUGCCGGAGCUGGACAGUGUCAAAGUGACGCAAUUCCAUCACCUUGAACGCUACCCACCUUUUGCAUCUCUUUCUCCCUCGGUCUGCAUGCUCAAGACAAUUGACACUGUCACUCCUGACCUCGCCAGUUUGACCACCAAGCCCCUUUUCGUCUCUCGCUCCAGGAUCAACGCUAAGGAGGCAGCUGUCCGGCAUUCUGAGACCAAGCUUGGUAAUCUCAUUGCCGGUUCCAUGAUGGCCUACUGCGACGCUGUCAUAGCCCUGUUCUUGUCUGGUGCCAUAAGAUGUGAUCGGAUUCUUGGAUCCGCAUCCGAGGAGCAGCGACAGUUCGAAGUGAUCGGGGCUGACAUCAUUGAUUGCUUGCUGUUCCAGAACCAGCUUGUAUUGAAGCUGAUCACCGGGAAGGCGAUGAGAGCUGCGUUGGAGAACUCCGUGUCCGAGAGGCACGCCGAUGGCCGCUUUCUUCAGAUAGGAGGCUUGAGGGUGAAUGCCUCACUGGCGAGGCCCGAAGGGGACAGAAUUUUCUCUGCGAAAUGGGUUCUCCAAGAGCAUGUCAAUGGCACGCGAAUUGAAGAGCAUAUUCGUGAUGAGAAAAAUUACACCGUUGCCAUGACUGAGUGGUUGGCCAACGGCUGGGGAGGUUUCUCUAUGCUCCGCAAGGAACAAUCGUUGCGAGAGGGUGAAGCGGAAGGCAUGACCGACACCGACCUCUUUUUCAAGGCUUUUGGGGAGUGGUCAGACAUCGACAACGCGUUUAUUUCCAUGGCCACCGAGAACAGAAAGAAGAAGCAGGCCCCGUUGGCUGUGAAAAAGUACCUGAACAAUCCGUAUCUGAGCAGUCGGAACUCCGGUCUUUGGGCCGUCAGGUAUAAGAUGGUGCUUGGCAAAGACGAUGAAAAGGGGGUCCUCAUUGUCUCACCAAAAGUUGAUGGAAGAAUCCAUUUCCAAAGACCUGAAAAUCUCGAGAAAUUCGCACAGAGAGGGGGUCCUAGAUAGAUAGGCGGGUCGGCAAAACCCUAG